GAAGCUUCAACGUCACGAUCAGAAGCUGCGUCUACCGGGAAAGGCAGGAAUAUUAGUAACCCGGUAAUCGACAGAAAAGGCCAUCCGGGUCCUCCGAGCUUCCGACUGCGGCAAUAGCCGUAAAUCUCGGGAGACACAAGGCCCAAAUCGACGCUUUUCACUUACUUACUCUUACUAACACCACUUUCCCCCCUGUCUAGUGAGACUAACAUAUGCAUUACGCUGAGUAUGAAAACGGAAAAAGUAUACCCGCCGCCUUCAACCUAAGUGGCUUAGGUUUUAUCAUAUCUGGGUAUGAAUGAUAUUAUGACAUCAUCUAACAUUUCUGACGGCCUUGACUUUUGUAUGCCGUGUCCACUUGUAUCCACCUAUACCCACCUUGUUCCUACCAGACAUAUUCUUAUUCAAGAAUUAUAAGAGACUAGAUAACCUUGGUAGUGUUUCUACUUCUCCUCUAACUUCAUCCCAUUAUUUAGAGCUUCUCGGCCUCUUGUCCUAAUACACAUUAAACAUCUAACACACUACACCGUAAACAUGCCUCAGCCAAUCCCCAAGUCGGACAGCUUAAUCGACCUCUUCAGCCUCAAGGGCAAGGUCAUCGUUAUUACCGGUGCUUCUGGCCCUCGAGGAAUGGGCAUCGAGGCCGCUCGUGGCUGCGCUGAGAUGGGCGCUGACCUUGCUAUCACAUACUCCUCGCGCAAGGAGGGAGCCGAGAAGAACGCGGAUGAGUUAACGAAGACCUAUGGCGUCAAAGUCAAGGCUUACAAGUGCGACAUAGCUGAAUUCGCCAACUGCGAGCAGCUCGUCCGUGACGUCGUGAAGGACUUCGGCCAUAUCGACGGCUUUAUCGCUAAUGCUGGUGCUACUGCUGAUGGCGGCGUCAUUGAUGCCUCGAGAGAGGAUUGGGACAAGGUCAUUCAGGUCGACCUGAACGGCACAGCAUAUUGCGCUAAGGCCGUCGGUCCUCACUUCAAGAAGCAGGGCCACGGCUCCUUCAUCAUCACCGCCUCCAUGUCCGGCCACAUCGCCAACUACCCUCAGGAGCAGACCUCCUACAACGUUGCCAAGGCCGGCUGCAUCCACAUGGCCCGCUCUCUGGCUAACGAAUGGCGCGACUUCGCUCGGGUCAACUCCAUAUCGCCCGGGUACAUCGAUACCGGCCUGUCGGACUUCAUCGAGAAGAAGACGCAGGAGUUGUGGUACUCUAUGGUUCCCAUGGGCCGUCCUGGGCUGGCGAAGGAGUUGAAGGCGGCCUAUGUGUACUUGAUUAGCGACGCUAGCACGUACACGACCGGCGCUGAUAUUGUUAUUGAUGGUGGAUAUACUUGCCGAUAAAUGUAAGAGAGUGUCAAAUUUCUACAUAGAUUGAUACCGCGAGCAUAGACGUGGCGUCCGGAGUCGAUCAAUCACAUUAUUUAUUACCUUUUAUAGAAAUAACAGGUAAUAAUUCCGUGAAGCUUUAUAUGGCCUUCGGAAUAUUUUCUCUGUUGUUUCACGUGGUGUAUACCUAGAUACAGGUGAAGGACGUCACAGGUAUUAAAAGUAAAACAUCAAUAAACGUCGGUUCCAAUGCAA